AUGGAUUCAAACUCUGGUUCUGCGUCAACCACGCCAGACCUCGACUUGAACGGUCUUGUUCUUUCGUCUCCACCACGCAACCCAAAUGAUUCUCUAUAUUCCUCACCCGACCCAAAUGAUUCUCUAUAUCCCUCACCUGAUCAAUAUUUACUCGAGGACGAAGAGGUUUACUCAUCAUUCGAAGAAACAUCCGACAGUCAUUGUUUUGCUGAAAUCGGAGCUACCGUCAUGAGCGGUGGUGAGAAAGUGUCUUUAUACGGUCCCUUGGCGGCGUUUCCCAAACUAUCUUCUAUCGAACAAAAGCCAAGCGACAUUGCAAAUAAUUUAUUCUUACCGGUUAUACGAAAACGAAAGGUGGAUGAAACAGGCGUAGAUUCUAACGAAAAGACUGUCGGAUUGGGGGCGGAAAACAAGUUUAAGAAGAACGAGCAGUAA